AUGUUCAUUACUAUUCACUCCUUAAUUGCUUCUGUGUCUCUAACAGCUUUGGGAUCCCAGAACACAACAACACAUUUUGUGACUGAGUUUGUCCUCCUGGGUUUCCCUGGUCCAAGGGAGAUGCAGAACUUCUUCUUCUCGUUAAUCCUGGUAGUCUAUCUGCUGACGCUGCUGGGGAAUGGGGCUAUUGUCUGUGCCGUCAAAUGGGACAGGCAGCUCCACACGCCCAUGUACCUCUUCUUGGGAAACUUUGCCUUCCUAGAGAUGUGGUAUGUUUCCACCACUAUUCCAAACAUGUUGGCUAACAUCCUCUCUGAUACCAAGACCAUCUCCUUCACUGGCUGCUUCCUUCAAUUCUAUUUCUUUUUCUCACUGGGCACAGCAGAGUGUUUCUUCUUAUCAGUUAUGGCUUAUGAUAGGUACCUGGCCAUCUGCCGCCCACUCCAUUACCCCUCCAUCAUGACUGGGAAGUUCUGUCUGAUCCUGGUCUGUGUUUGCUGGGUGAGUGGAUUUCUUUGCUAUCCAGUCCCCAUUGUCCUU